AUGUCGCCAGCAUCGGCGUCUUUGCGACUGCUUUCAGCCGCAUCUGCCGCUGCUUGGAGGCGCAGGACGCGAGACUCCCGCGGGGACGCGCCGGAAGACUGCGCGAACGGCGAAACGCAGCGACUGAGGGGAGACGCUUACGGGCUCGGCGCGAGAGACAUCUUUCAGACUCCCUUUUCUCGUGUGCAACACGCGCCGACAGGUGCCUCCCUCGCCGAGACGAAGAAGGCGCGCUCGCUGGCCGGAAGCGGAGAGACGGAGCGAGACGGUUCCGGACAGCGACUGAGGAUCAGGCGAGGAGCACCCAGGCCAGCGCGGCAGCUGACGCGGGGUGUAUGCGGAGGGCUGUUCGGAGUGGAGGCUGUCGCGGAAGGGACACUCGGUUUCGGGGACGCCGUUUGCACGGAGAAGCCGUUGCUCGUUGGCUCCUCUCAGGGGUCGUUCGCAGCGGAGGUUUUUGAUUUGCGUGCGCUCCUCGAACAGAGACAGAAACCGUCGUCGGCCGCUCUCGGACUUGGAUCCUGUCCCCCUGAACUGUGUCGCCCGUUCGCCUCCUCCGCCUCGUCCCCGGACUCCGCCACGAAAGGCGAGCAAGCGGCGGCGUUUGUGCCUCCGUUUCUCGAUCUCCUCGCCUCUGCACUUUUGGCCAAACAGUCGGCGACAGCGUCGCGUUCGUCCCAGAGCGCCGCGCCGGUUUCCACCAAAGAGGCGCAAGCUCUGUUGGCCCUCGUGUCCCACUUCGCCUCUCGCGCGUCUUCAGAGACUGCCUCGUCACCAGGCGCGGCGAAGGCUGAGGAAGGCGAAGGCGCAGACAGCCCUCAGCGGCAGCUUGCGAGGCAGCUGCAGCCUUUCCUGCUUCCCCAGUUUCAGCACGAGAGCGAGGAGGAUAUCGAGACGCUCAUCUCGCUCCUGCGUCUCGCAGUGUUGCCUUUGCCGUCGGGAGACUCAGAGAGCAAACGCGACGGAACGGCAAGCGACUGCCGCGCCCUGCGUCGCCCCUCGAAGACGCCGAGCGAGCCUGCACCAGCGCGAGUGGGGUUCUUCCCGCUUCUCCUGGUCCUUUCCGACGAGCCGACGUGCUGUCCGAACGUCGUCUUGGCCUUUUCGGACGAAGCGAAAAACCCGACGGCAAACCUUGAGCAACUGAACCUCGCGUACGUCCUGCUCGCCCCAGACGCCCCAUCCAGUUCCGACUGCCAUGUCCCUGGCGCCUCUCGCCCUUCCUCCUCGCCGACUGCCAGCGUAGACGCUCGAACGACUGGAGAGUCUACGCACGUAGCAGAAACGGCGGCGGGGUGUCUGGGCCCCGACCUCAGCGAGGCGGCUGUGACGCGGCAGUUGUCCCUUCGCGUGUCCCAGAACAGCUCGCUGGAGUCUCUCUACGCGCCGACCUUCAUGAGGGAAGCGCGGCGUCGGCGCCGAAACUUGGGCGCCGUCUCCCGCGCAUGCGCUUGUAAGAGGUGCACGCGCGCGCCGGAACUCUGUCGGAGUUUCAACUGCCAGUCUUGUCUCUCAUCGGACGCAGCCGCGGGAAAGAACGCGAACCCGUCCGCCUCCUUUCGGCCCGAGAUGCCUCCCAUCGUUUGCCCCACCAGCCCCUCAAAGACCCGCGCCCUCGCCGACACCCCCAUGCAGUGUCUUCGGUGCGGGAAAGAGGCUUCCGAGGAGACCAAGAAGCGUUUCGAAGCGGCGGAGCAGAGCCUCUUCAUGUCCCUCAUGACCGCGGCCCACGUGGGUGCCGACGCGCGGCGGCGCCUCCCCUCGACUGCCUUCGACGCCCUAGCAGACGCUGCAGUCGGCAGCGACGCAGAGAGCCGUGCGCUGAUCGCGGACUCCCACUUCCUUCGUGUACGCCAGUUCACCCAGGGACUGUAUCGUCUCGUUCAACAGGCGGCCGAGAGACAGACGAACCGGACGGCUGCCGGACCCACGCCGGGGCUGCUUGCUCGGAGCGAGAAGCCAGAGCUCCUGCGGCGGCGAUGCGACGCUGUCAUCCAGGCAACUCGAUCGGUCGUGGGGUAUCACCCGGAUGAGGCCAGACUGCUCGAGAGCCUCGCCCUGGUCACUGGAGAAGAGGAGGACUUCCAGCGCGCCUACCGCAGGCGUCAGGCAUUCUACAGAGGCAACGCAAGGCAAUGCGUCCCGCCGUACGAAGUUUGGAAAAAGAGGCUGCUUGUAAGUCAAGCCUCCUCGAGCGCUGCUGCUUCGCCGCCAACAAGCGACGCAAUGCGCGCUGUAGAAUCCUCAGCUUAA